AUGACGAUUGCUCUUUUCACCCUCGUCUUUCUGGUGCCAGCAAUCGCAAACGCAGCAGCGCUGUUAAAAUCGAUACCAGAGCCUACACGUUUCGUCCCUUCAGUGGAUAUAUGGGGUCCCGCACCAACAGCAGCAGCACAGCUGCCCUUGCCUCUAUUGAAGCGCCAGACCAGUGGAAGCGACUACACAUGCGGCUUCGUCUCCGGAUCACCAGACAGCCCGAUAAUAUGCGCGAACCCAACCCAAACAUGCGCGACAAACACCUUCUUCGGCAUACACGGCUGCUGCAAUCCAGCAUCAAACACCCCCUGCACACUCGCCACCUCCUGCAUCGCAUCCACUGCCAUGACCGCCUCAUGCACAGACACCGCCUGCUCAUCCGACGAAGCAAUCGUAAAAUGCACAGCCAGCACAGCGCAAGAAUGCUACCAAUGGCAUUUCAUCUACGACAACAUGGUAAUGACACAGCAUGGUUGCGCCGAAACAGCAUUUACAAGCACUGCGUACCGCUCCCCUGGCAUGAGCAUGCUAUCAUUGAGCAAUACAAAAACCGGGGAAAGGAAGACUGUCACCGCGACUGUGACUACGAGGGAAGUUGUUUCCGGCAUUCCCACUGCUGCGACGGAGGACAGAGCCUCGACAAAUUCUUCUGAAGGGAAGAAAAAUAGUCUAGGAGCGGUCAUAGGCGGUACAGUUGGCGCUUGCAUCUUCGUUUGUUUCCUCGCUUUUGUGGUUUUUCUGGCGUGGAGGCGGCGCAGGGAUUUGACAGGGCAGAAUGCGCAGUCCUAUCGGCAACAGCAGCGGCAACAGUCAAUGGUUCAGUAUCAUGCUGUUGUGUAUGAAGAUGCGAAUAAGGCUUGGGAUCAGCAGCGUGGGGUGGUGGUGUGUGAGAGGGAGAUUUGCAUGGGGGAUGGCGUGGGCGUUGUCGAGAUGGACGGGACGCAGAGACCUAUCGAAGCGCCUACGGGAGAGAAGUGA